AUGCCGCCCUCUGAGAAAGGACGCGACGAGCAAUCAGAUGGGAUCAACGACCCUCUCCAGGACUUGCCUGAUUCGCUCGACGAGUAUGCACCGACAGAUCCUGGCUUAGAUCUUGCAGAGCUUUCUGUAGAAGAGUUCGAGGGUCUGUUCGGGGAAUUGGAGCCGAAGCUUGAAGCCAAAGCCCUCGAUGUUCCACCGGCCACGCCUCAAGACGCGCUUGAAGGGCAUGCAGAAGGGGUAGAAGGGGAACUUGAGUACCUUGACGACGAUAAGCUAGAGGCUGAAUUAAAGGAUGCAACUUCCGGAGUAGAGCUUGUGACCUUGCGAUACUUUGUGGGGUUGAAGUCUAAGGACGGAAUUUACGUCCGACGCGCUAUCCCGAUGGUUACCAGGUUCGUUGAAGAGGAGAAUGCCAGCGAAAGCCUUGAAGCCGUAGCUGAAAAAUACUGGAGAGCCGGAACUUUCGCCGAGGAGGAGUUCCGUGAGGUUAUGACAAUGUUGCAAGGUUCGGAGGCGACUUUGAAGGACGAUUCGUCAUCGGAGCGUAUUGCCAUGGAGAUAAAGGAAGAUAGCUCGCCAGCCGAGUGGGCCUCUCUCCUGCUGAUGCACGCCUCCGACGUGCCCAUGCACCGGGAUUUUAGGAAUCCAGAUUGGGUGAUAGUCGGAUAUUCACGGCUAGGAGGAGCAUCAGGUAAGGGCCCUGCGUCCACACGGGGACGCCAAUCAGAGGUGCAAGGACCAUUGAAUGUUGACGAACAGCCCGACUCCAACACCUCCCUAGUGGCGUGGGAUCUUUCCGAGGGAGUUCAGGAGGAGCUUCCGCCUGAAGUAACGGCGCCCGAGCCAUACUAUCAUGGGUACUGGGAAGACGAAUGGGUUCCCAGCACCAACAACGCUUCUGGUGGAGAGCAAGACCAGAUUGGAAACGCCUCGCCAUGCGAAGGCUGGGAAACUGAAUGGACGACCGGAGGCCACCCGGUCUUGAUCCGCCUGGAGAUGGUGAUCAUAGGACAAGCCAGGUUGCAGAAAACCGCCAGCGACGAGAACUUAUGGCAGAUCAUUGUCUCAGGCAAUACCGUCAUUGGACAUGUACUCGUAUAUGUCGACGAUCUGUUGGUUGUGUCUAUGUGGCAGACCGCCAAGGCUUUUCACGAGUGGGUGAAACAAAGAUGGCAGUGCUCCGACCUCGAAAAGGCCGGAGAAGAUAAAGCUCUAAGGUUCCUCGGCAUUGAUAUAUACGAGGAGAGAGAUGAGCAUGGUCCCUGCGGCUUUAGCCUGGCGCAAGAAGGAUACAUCGACGAGCUUGUACGCAGUCAUGACCUCUCGCGAUCGUGUCGUUCCAACGUGCCUGUGCCCAAGGAAUGGAUAAGAGAAGCACCGAUCGAAGAGAUCGGUUUUACUGAUGAGACCUUACAAGGGGCGCAGCGCAUAACUGGAGAGUUGUUGUGGGUGUCUCAGCGCACGCGUGUGGAUAUCGCUUUUGGCGUUGGUCUCAUGUCUAGUUGGACCAUGAAGGCUCCAGCUUUCGUAACCAAAGUCGGCCUGAGGAUCCUGGCUUAUCUCGCAAAUACGAGAAGCAUGCGAUUAUCACUGACUCCCGACGACACCGCCGGCCUGCAGGUCUUCACAGAUGCAUCGUUUGCUCCAUACGGAGAAAGGUCUAUAUCCGGCAUAACAGUGCAACUAUCAGGCCGCUGUGUGUUCUGGAAAUCUCGUCGCCAGAGUCUUGUCAGUUUGAGCACAGCAGAGUGUGAGCUCAUCGCCGCCUGCGAAGGCGUGGUGUUAGCUCAAUCCGUGCAAGCUCUAGCCAGUGAGGUGUCUGGGGAGCACCUCGACAUCACCUUGAGGGUUGAUAACACCGCCGCUAUCACCUUAGCAGAGGGGGGAGGCUCACAGCGCACCCGCGAAGUCCAGCUUGCUGAUAUACUUACUAAAGCGUUACCCGCUCCUCGAUUAGAGCUUCUGAAUGGAAUGCUAGGAGCUUGGAGUCCAGUCCCGAAGGAGGAGGAAGAUAACGACCAUGUGGAUUUGGAUUUGUAUGUGAUAGUCGUUAUGAUGGCUUGUUCUGUCCUCUUCAUAUGGGAGCUGGGGAUAGUGGAGUCUCUGAAGGCACCGUCGAAGGAGCUGGACUUGAAGGAUCACGUGAAAUUGGAGUUCAAACAGAUGGACCUCCGGGUCUGUCUGAUGUACAGCUAUGUGAACUCGAGAUGA